GUAAUCAGUUCUCCUUGGUGUCCAUUGUUGUCGAUGCGUUAGGUUUGUGCAAGAUGGACUUUUAUGAAGAUUAUUUUAUUUAUUUGUAAAAUUUUCUUUUCUUUAUGAUUGAUUAGUCAUUGAAGGUAGUAAGUUUACAUAUACAGAAGACUAUCUCUCAAAACGCCAUGGCCGACGAGGUAGGAGAAAGCUAUAGGUCAUCAUUGAGCGAUCUGAAGUUCAACAGCAAACCUUUGAUCAAUAUGCUGACGAUGUUGGCCGAGGAAGAAGAACAGAAUGCCCCACAAAUAGUACAAGCAAUUGAGCAACAUAUUAAGCAGGUGAAGACCGCCUACAAGCUGCCUGUUCUGUACCUCAUAGACUCCAUAAUAAAGAAUCUUACUUCAACAUUGUAUCCGAAGCUUUUUGCUCAAAAUAUUGUCCAGAUGUUCUGUUCAGUUUUUGAAGAGGUGGAUGAAAAAACUCGAGGACAGAUGUUCAAGUUGAGACAAACCUGGAAAGAUUUUUUACCCAACAAGAAGUUGUAUGCACUUGAUGUCCGCGUAAAUAUGGUAGAUCCAGCUUGGCCAAUCACUGCUCAUGCUCCUGAGCAAACCACUAUUCAUGUUAAUCCGAAGUUUCUCAUGCAGCAAUUGGAAGAGAAGGCUGCUGUUGGCCAGUUCUCUCCAACCACGUCAUCGCCUCCUCCGACUGAUGAGGAGGAGCUAAUGAGGAGACAGUUGAUGGCUAAGGAACAAGAACUACAGAAAAUUCGACUGGAACUUGAACUAGCAGAAACAAAGGCAAAGUUGCAACUCCAAAGAAAACAGCUUGAGGAAUCGCAGAAGGAUCAAAAGGUUGAUUCAGAUCGAUCAAUAUGGCAGGUACUUCAGAUGAAUCCACUAACAUCUUCAACAACAUCCACAACAACCUCUGAACCAAAGCCUCAACCUACAACUAAGCGUGACCCAAGGCUGGCCUCACGUGAUCCACGCAAGGCUAGAAACCAAGCUCAGUUGACAGGAGCUGAUAAAACAAAGUCGACUCCUGCAUCAGUUGCUACUCCUAGUUUGCAACUACCAAAUCAAGCCAGUGUGUCAGCAUCUAUACCACAUGCAAUGAACAUCGUUCCAUCAACUUUACCCAAUAUGAUUGCACAAAAUGUUGCCUCUGUCCCAAAUUUUACUCCCCAUUUCCAACAUCAAGGCCCAUUUAUUAAUGCUGGUAUGCCACAAAGUGGAUUUCCACCAGUGUUUUCUGGAACAGGUGGUAAGCCUACAUCUUCAAACAUGACACAAGCCACACAGCUGACUGUUUCAAAAGCUGCAGAACCCAUUAAACCUGCCACAAAAGCUCAGUUGGUCAAUAAAACUUUAAAUAAACACAGCUCGCCAGUAAAGAAAGAUAACAAUCAGAAAUUAAUGUCGAAGAAGGAUGUCGAAAACUCCCAAACCACUAACGUAAAGGAAAAUGAUAAAAAGAAAAAUGAUAGUAGUGAUAAAUCAAAGAAUGAAAAUAGUAAUUCAAAACCUAAAGACAAAGAUAUCAAAUCAAAAGAACAUGUUAAGAGCAGAAGUAGAAGUCCAAGAGACAAACAUAAAAUUGAUAAAUCUAAGGAUGUUAAGUUGAGACAUGAACGUAAAUCACCAAAGGAGGGUGAGCGAGACCGAAGACCUAGUAGUGAUUACUUGAGAAGAAGGCCGAGAGACGACGACCACUUCGGCCGAAAAGACCGAGGUAAAGGAACAUUUAGAGGGCACAGAGGUGGUAAUGUCAGACAUGGAGAUUUUGAUAGGAGCAAGCACCGGGACGGUCGUGAAGUAAAUGAGAGAUCACCAAGAAGGUCCAGAUCACCUGGAGAUCGUUCUUACAGAGAGAGAGAGCGGAACAAUACUUACGAUCAAGAAAAAACAGAAAAGGAUUCUAAGCUAGGGAAACCGGAAAAAGAACCAGAAGCCAAAGAUGUUGAUAUUCCAAUGCCACCUGUCCCUCCUAUUGGUAUUCUUACAGAUACCAAAAAGAUAUCUGCAGAAAAGAAAAAUGUAGGUCAACCACUACCUCAAAUUGAAAUGCCAUUAGAUGUUCUUCUGCCCAAAGAAUCGGAGAAGCAUGGGCGUUCAUCCAAGAGGUCAUCUGAGCACCUGGAUAUUGAUGAAAGAAGCCUCUCUACUCCUGGAGCUGGUCCAGAUGAUAAGAGACAAAAAAUGGAACCUCUUAAGUUGAAGGUGCCAAAGCCUUCAGCAGAUCUCAGUGAUUUGUUUGGUGGUGAGGAUGUGGACUACCGAAAAUCAUCUGGACUGUUGUCAAUGAAGAGUCCCCUGCAAAGCAAGUGGAAUACGUUCAAGGCAUCUCAUCCAGAUGAAUAUGGUCCAGAAAUGGAGACGCUGAACCCUAAAAAUAAAACUCCUGAGAUAGAGGCUCCUGUGGUUGACAUAGAUAUGAGAAAACUACCUCCACUAUCACCUUUUUCACCAUCACCACAGAAACCAACUCCUCAGCUGUCGCUCAACAUUCCUCAUGCAUUGCAUUUAGACCAUCAAGAGGAAAUUCUUAUUCAGGCUCACAUGCAACUGGAAUCUGGCCAAAUGAGUCACAACCAACAUCAGAAUUUGCUCAAACAGCUAUCACAAGUGUAUAACUUGCAGAGGCGUGAGUUGCUCUCGCCUGGAUCUGCACCGAAUCCUGUUCAAACACCUGGUAAACCAGAUGAGGUCAGACAGGAUCCAAGAUUAGCAUCAAAAUUAAAACCGUGGAUACAUAAAGAAGAAAUUACUAAUGUUAGUGGGCAAAGUCCAAAGCAAGAUGUAAUUUCUAAUGCUAUGGAUGUUGAUCAUCGCAAACUGUCUUCAGUGAAACAGUUGGAGCCAUCGUCGGUGGAUGGAGAUGGUUCUUCAGGUGAAAUGAAAAUUACAUCCAAAGAAACGGUAGCUGUGGAUACUGCCAGAGUAGAUGAUAAAGAUAAACAAGUAAUACCAACUGAUGUUGAUGAUAGGCAUAUUAAAAAAGAGAAUACUGUUAUACCUGCUGAUACUGAUGCCAGACAAGUUGACAAAAUUACAUCUAGUACAGCAGAUGUUCCAAAUGUUGAAUUAGAUAAAGAGAACCCAACAGUACCAAUUAGCAAGGAGUUGCCUCAUGUUCCUAAAAAAGAGCCACCAGUGGUUAAUGAUCCUAGGUUUCUUCCUAUGGAUAUUGAUUCAAGACAAGAAAUUGGUGCAGAUUCAAAGUCUCCUGUAGAUAAAGAUUUUAGGCAAGCAGUAAGUAUUCACCCAACACAUCAAAUGGAUGUUGAUGUCCCUGUUGAUAAAGACCUAAGACAACCUGCUGAUAGAUUCGAUAGAGAUCCUAUGCUUUCUAGUGAUCCACAAAAUCGCCAAGAGAUGGGUAGAAAUAUGAGACAUCCACUGGAUAAAGAUCAUAGAACUCCUUUUGACAGAAACAGGAAUCCAAUAAAUGGUGAUGAAAGAUUUUGGCCAAAUGAAAAGAGGGAAUUUUCUGAAGAUCGUGAUUUUCGUCGUCGUUCACCUUCUGAAUUCAGUGAACAUGAUUUCAGACAUGACUCUAAUACUGGUAGAGGUGAUAUGCAUAGGUAUGCAGACCGACCUCAUCAAGAAAGGUUUGAUCAAAGGUCACUUGCUCAUAGAAAUGAGGAUCGCCGUCCUGAGUUUGGGCCUGAAGGUAGACGUGAUAUCCGUGAUGAGAGAAACUUUCGUGAGCCACGACCUUUAUUCCCAAAUGCUAAACGACCUGCAAAAUCUGAUCAGUUUGAACCAAUGAGGCAUCCAAAUCAGGACUUUAAUGCAGAUUAUCCUAAUUCAUCAAUUUCUAAACCAGUUGAUACGAGGUCCGAUUUAGAACGGUAUGAUGACCCUCGAUGGGUUACAAUGCGUGGAAUGACCAAUGCAGAAGUGCAAGAGGAAGUUGUUAUUGACAAAAGGCCAUAUGAAAUUAAAGUCGGAGGACAAUCUAGGAAGAUCCGUUUAGGUCCAGGAAGAUCUUGCCUUCUGUAUGUUGAUCCAGGUAAACGAGGGGUCGUUAUUGAUGGUAAACUUUUAUACAGGUUUGGUGAACCUGUCAAAGAUGUCAACAUUAAUGGAAAAAUGGUCAAGUUGUUUUUCCAUGGAUUGCCUGUCCAAUUUUGGAUUGAUGGACAUCAGUAUCAGCUAAGAGUUGAUGCACCCCCAAAAAGGAUUGUUAUUGAUGGGACUCCUUACGGGUUUCAGAUUGAUGGGAGAGAUAUGAUGAUUCUAGUGGACAGACUUGAAAAGGGUAGAUAUGGUGGUCCACCAAGGGAAAUUCUUUUGAACAAUAAAAAGCAUGAAAUAAGAUUCGAUCCACUGCCUAGAGAAAUUUUAAUAGAUGGUCAGUUUUGUGAACUUAAGCUUGACAGAAGGAUUCCUGUGGUAAUCUACAAAGGUCGCCCUCAUGGCAUUCGAUUUGAUGGUCCCCCAAGAACUGUAUUUAUUGAUGACUUUCCUUUCAUUGUUCCAAUGGAUGAUGCUGUAAAAGUCAAAAUUAAGAACAGACCACACUUUCUUGCCUUUGGUGGCCCAGCUCAUGAAAUUAUCAUAGAUGGAAAGUGGUUUGAAGUCAAGUUUGACAACAUUCCUAGGGAAAUCAGCUUGGGCAGCAAUACUCACAUUGUACGAUUGGAAGGACCUUGUCCAACAGUAAAAAUACUUGAUGAAGUGCCAAUAGGUUAUGAAGAAAUGAUGAAGAUGCCUUUGCCUUCAAGAGAAGAAGGCUUCAGGUCUCAAGGAAUUGACGUUCCACAAGGACCAAAUUUCGCUGGUCAAAACAGAAUGCCAGGACCUGUUAGACCUAUGGGUCCAAGGCCUGAUGGUUUUGUGCAAAGACCAAUGGAACCGAAUCAUGAUGGAAUGAUGCAAGGUCCAAGAGAACCAGGACCAAAUGCUAUGAUGCAAAAUGCCAUAAUGCAAGGUCCUAGGGGACUUGGACCAGAUACCAUGAUGCAGGGACAGAGACCAGAUCCAAGAUUUCAAGUGCCUGGAAUGCAGAAUGUCUUGGCAGCUGGUGCACUGCAGCAGGCCGGACUAAUGUCACAGUCAGGUGUGAUGCCACAGCUUGGAGCAGCAGGACUGCAGCAAGGACUUGGACUCCAAGGCUUUAAUCCACUAGUAUCACAGCAAAUGCAGAUUCAAUCCCAGAUGCCUGGAGCAAUGAUGAUGGCGGGUAUUCAAAACCUGAAUCAGCUACAACUUCAACAGCAAUUGUUGCCAGUCAGUAUGGGUGGCCUUGGAAUUGGUGGUCUUCUUCAACAAAAUGCUUUAGCAACCACAUCAGCACUUGGUGUACCUAUGUUGUCCAAUCUUCUCCCAGGUGCAGUCACAACUCCAGCCUCAGCUCCUGCCCCUGCAAUGGAUAUCAAUUCUUUAUUCAAAAAACUACUUGCCACGGGUAUCAUCAAGAAAAAGGAACAAACUGAGACACCUGAAGUGAAGAAAGAAUCGAAGACUGAAGCACCUUCCACUUCAGAAGAACAGAAGUUCAAGAUACCAGAAAUAAAGAAGGAAGUUAUUGAAAACAUACCAUCUCUUACACUGACUAAACCUGAGGACUUUAAAAAGAUGUACAAGGGUGUCGUUCAGGAGCUGUACACAGGACUACAGUGCACUUCCUGUGGAGAACGGUUCAGUUUUCUACAGACAGAGAGGUACCGCGAACAUCUCGAUUGGCAUUUUCGUAAGAACAAACGGGGCAUGGAUGAUAUGAAAGUGGCCAGGAACCGCGACUGGUAUUUCAAGAUAAAUGAAUGGAUUCAGUAUCAAGAAAUUGAAGAAUCUGAAGACAGAGGUCGCAGUCAGAUAUUUGAACAGAUGAUGCAGACCACUCCGAUGGAAAGCUCGUCCAUGAGCGUCAGUUUGCCGCAGGGCUCCAUUGUUGACACGUGUCCUGCCGCGUCCGACGAGGAUGGUGGAGAUAUCUGCUGUAUCUGUGGAGAUCCGUUUGACCAGUACUGGCAUGAGGAAAAGGAAGACUGGCAUCUGCGGGACGCUAUCCGCGUGGACAAGAAGAUCUACCACCCAGUCUGCUAUGACGACGCCCGUGAAGAGGGAAGUAUCAUUGAGGCGACUCCUACACCAACGACAGAUCCGCAGACGAAUCCCUUGACUGCAGAAAUAAAGAGCCAAGAGGAGAAACCCAUCACUACAGCAUCUGGUCUGCCACAGAGCACUCUACUAGAGAAAACGAACGUGAAACAAGAACCUGUCACAGAAUCAGAAGUGACAGUGAAAUCUGACAGCCUUUCUUCGGUUACAGUAAAAGAGGAACCGCAUGUGGUGCCACCAAGUGACACAGUUGAGAAAUCUAGCACUGUUGUUUCACACAGUGACGUACAGCUCAAGUCUGACAGUGUUGCUUUAGUUGCUGUGAAACAAGAACCGGUUUCUAGUGACACUGAAACAUCAGUAACAGGUGCCGAGACUGUGACGGUUACUUCGGACAGAGAUCUCCUGACUGUAGUAAAGACGGAACCAGUUCUGCAAAUGGUAGAUUCUUCACAGACAAUGCCAGUAAAAACGGACAUAGUUGAAGAAGUUGUUAAAUCUGAAGUUAAAUAAAACACACAAAUCUAGUCAGAUGGGUUACCUGUUACAGUGACUACAAAUGUGAUACAUCUCAAAAUAAAUUAUCAGUAAAUAUUCUGGAUUACACCACAACUGUGUGCAGUGUAUAUUUUAUAUUGUUUAUUAGUAUGAAGUUUCUCAGGUGAAUGUAAAAAGAUAUAUAGGAGGAGAAUGUGUCUUCUUUCUUUUUUUCUUUUUUUUAAAGAUGUAAAUAAAAUUUUAAGUUUACUCAAAGAAUGUGUAGAAAUUAAAAACUAAGAAUGAAUACUUCUCAGUUUGGUUUGCUAGCAAAAUACUGUAUUAUUAAUUUAGUUUUUAUUAUAUUUUAUCUAGGUAUGCCACACCACAAUACAUUUUUUAAUGUCUUUUUGUUAGAAUAAUCUCAUCCUGCAGCCGGUGUAGUUCAAUGAUAGGGCAUUUGGUCUAUGACAUGACUCAUUUUUAAUUAAUUCCCCCCCCCCCCCCCCCCCCCGAUUGUAAACAGUUUCCCAAGACUGGUAUAUCAAAGGCUGUGGUAUGUACUGUCCUGUCUAUGAUAAAGACAUACUAAUGUCUGAUGAAAGAAUUCAUUUGUAGAUGGUGCUAGAUAAUUUUCUGUUUGUAUGAAGUGAUUUUGUCUCAAAAUUACUUUUAUUUCAAAGUUUAUAUAUUAAUGUCUGACCAAGGAAUUAAAUAAAUAGUGCUAGAUAUUUUUUGGUAGUAUAGGAUAGGAAUAAUUUUGUUUUUAAAUUACAUUUGUACAUUUAUCUUGUAUUAUUCAUCUGAUUUGUAAUGUAGAUGGUGGAAUUUGACAAAAUGGUGUUCGAGUCCUAUUUCUUUCACAUAAUAAUGAAUUCAUAAUAAGUGUUUAUUUCAUGCCAUACAUCCAGGUAGUUAAUUUGUAAAUAAUUGUGAUAUAGGCCUAUCAUGGGCAGCUAUUAUAUAAAUUUAAGACUCAAAACCUUUCUCAUACAGUUUCAUUUUGUGUUGUAAUUUUCACCAGAUCACCAGUAGAGUACAGGUAUUGAAGCUAUAGUGUAUGUAUGUGGAGUCAUUCCAAAGGUAUUUACCAGAGCGUGGAACUUCAUCUUUCUGUUCAUUAAAGCAGUGUUCUCAUUAUGCGAUCAGUUGCACCAACUUGUCGCAUGCAAUUGAAUCAUACUGUGGAAACUACAUUAGUCUUAAACAUUAAGUUGUAUCAGAGUCAUACCAAUUAGAACUUGUCCUAUUUCUCACAAUAAAUUACUUGCAACUAGUCUGUGUGGCAAAUCAUAACAUGAGAGCGCCAUUGAUGUAGUUUUAAAAUCAAGCGAUCUGCCAAUAUUCUGAAAAUAACAGUUGCAAACUUCAAAAAAUAACUAAUUUCAUCAGAGGUAAUUGAUUAGGUUAUGCAAAUGUAAAUUGUAUAAUCGAACAAUCAGUUACCUAGAUAAAAUUCAAACGUGAACCAACUUUCUGGUUACCUAAUGCUAGACUAACUACCAACUGCCAACUCAACAGUUGUGUUGUAAUUUCACUAACUCCAGACUUACGAUGGGUGUGCUCAGAUUAACAACUGAUGGGUUGUACGACAAGAAUCGAGUUGUAAGAGCACUCAGACUAGCGUCUGGACAGUCGUAGAAGUCGUGACAGCAGAAAGUUUACCCACUUUCUGCUGGUAGUUGGUAGUCUGAGCCUAGCAUUAGAUAUUGAAAUAUUGUUCCAUGUUUACCAUUCAGUAUUUGAUACUUAUUAGAACUGUUACCUAGCUAAAACAACAGAUCUAAUAAAUAUUUUAAAGAAUCAAAAAUCAAAUUAAAACUAAAUAUAAAUACUUUGGUUAAUUAGUAUAUUCAUUUUCUUUCUUUUAAAAAGAGGGUGUCCCAUUUUAAAAUGUUUAUAGUGACUUUUUUGUUUUUUGUUACAAGGCAUUUCAUAUUAAACAUCAGUGGAAUUGCUGGUUUAGCUGUUGUAAUACCGGGUAUUCCUUUUGAGUUGUGAUUAUUUUUAUACACGCUUCAGUUUAAUUUAAUACAACCAGACCUAUAAAAUGGGGCCUUCACUUUAUUAAUUUAUUAACUGACAAAAGAGACUGAUGCCUUUUUUGUAAACCAUUACAAAAAUUAUUAUAUUUUAAAUAUUGUGUAUUUUCAGUGGAUCAUAUAAAUGUAAAUACAUGUAUCACUGUAAUAAAUUUAUUACAUAUAUGCAAAGUUGUGCAUAGAUAAAAUAAAAUUUGUAUAUCGUCAGAUAGAAAUUUAUUUGGUACGAGAGUUUUCAUGAUUUUUAGUUAUUGUGAAAAUGAAAGUUACAGCGAUCAUAUAUAUUGUAUAUACAUGUAUAUAUAUAUAUAUAUAUAUAUAAAAGAAAAAUGUUUUAUUGGACAGCUAGAACUAAAUGUCAACAGAGCUGUUACUUUGGUUUCCAUGCAUAAUAAAAAUUUAUGUUGAAAUUUGUAA